AUGUCGUCGAAAUUUCAGGACAAUUAUGAAUCGGUGUCGGAGGGUGACCAAGACGAUGACAACGGAUGUUUUUACGACGACGACGAUUUGAAUGAUUCGCGAUCUACUGAUGGGUCUUGGGACAAUGUUUCAGACAACGAUACGGAUAAUGACGAACCACUGAUGGAUUAUGAAGAAAGUUCAAUUAAUUUCGAAGAAGCGACAACAAUUCAUCAAACCCGUGGAGAAAUUGACUUAGAUUUUCAAUCGGAUUCCGAUUCCAAUGACGAAAGCGAUUUCGACGCCGAUGAUGAUGCAGAUUAUGACGGUGAUUGGUCUUGGGAUGAGGCGCUGGACGAUCCAUUGGUCAAUCGUCAAAGAUAA